AUGCCCGUCGCUGCCACCAACUCUGAGUCUGCCAUGCAGCAAGUCCUGGACAACCUGGGAUCCCUCCCCAGUGCCACGGGGGCUGCGGAGCUGGACCUGAUCUUCCUCCGAGGCAUUAUGGAAAGUCCCAUAGUAAGAUCCCUGGCCAAGGCCCAUGAGCGGCUGGAGGAGACAAAGUUGGAGGCAGUGCGGGACAACAACCUGGAGCUGGUGCAGGAGAUCCUGCGGGACCUGGCGCAGCUGGCCGAGCAGAGCAGCACGGCUGCCGAGCUGGCCCAUAUCCUCCAGGAGCCCCACUUCCAGUCCCUUCUGGAGACGCAUGACUCUGUGGCUUCAAAGACCUAUGAGACACCACCCCCCAGUCCUGGCCUGGACCCCACGUUCAGCAACCAGCCCGUGCCCCCUGAUGCCGUGCGCAUGGUGGGCAUCCGCAAGACGGCUGGAGAGCAUCUGGGCGUGACUUUCCGUGUGGAGGGCGGCGAGCUGGUGAUCGCGCGCAUCCUGCACGGGGGCAUGGUGGCCCAGCAAGGCCUGCUGCACGUGGGCGACAUCAUCAAGGAGGUGAACGGGCAGCCUGUGGGCAGUGACCCCCGUGCGCUGCAGGAGCUCCUGCGCAGCGCCAGUGGCAGCGUCAUCCUCAAAAUCCUGCCCAGCUACCAGGAGCCCCAUCUGCCCCGCCAGGUGUUUGUGAAGUGCCACUUUGACUACGACCCGGCCCGAGACAGCCUCAUCCCCUGCAAGGAGGCGGGCCUGCGCUUCAGUGCCGGGGACCUGCUGCAGAUCGUAAACCAGGAUGAUGCCAACUGGUGGCAGGCGUGCCAUGUGGAGGGGGGCAGCGCAGGGCUCAUUCCCAGCCAGCUGCUGGAGGAGAAGCGGAAAGCCUUUGUCAAGCGGGACCUGGAACUGACCCCGACCUCAGGGACUCUAUGCGGCAGCCUGUCAGGAAAGAAAAAGAAGCGAAUGAUGUAUCUGACCACCAAGAAUGCAGAGUUUGACCGCCACGAGCUGCUCAUUUAUGAGGAGGUGGCCUGCAUGCCCCCGUUCCGGCGGAAAACCCUGGUGCUGAUUGGGGCCCAGGGUGUGGGCCGGCGCAGCCUGAAGAACAAGCUCAUCAUGUGGGACCCGGAUCGCUAUGGCACCACGGUGCCCUACACGUCCCGGCGGCCAAAGGACUCGGAGCGGGAGGGCCAGGGUUAUAGCUUUGUGUCCCGGGCUGAGAUGGAGGCUGACAUCCGGGCCGGGCGCUACCUGGAGCAUGGCGAAUAUGAGGGCAACCUGUAUGGCACCCGUAUCGACUCCAUCCGGGGCGUGGUCGCUGCCGGCAAGGUGUGCGUGCUGGAUGUCAACCCCCAGGCAGUGAAGGUGCUGAGAACAGCCGAGUUUGUCCCUUAUGUGGUGUUCAUCGAGGCCCCUGAUUUUGAGACCCUGCGGGCCAUGAACCGGGCCGCCCUGGAGAGUGGUGUGUCCACCAAGCAGCUCACGGAGGCGGACCUAAGACGGACAGUGGAGGAGAGCAGCCGCAUCCAGAGGGGCUACGGGCACUACUUUGACCUCAGCCUGGUCAACAGCAACCUGGAGAGGACCUUCCGCGAGCUCCAGGCAGCCAUGGAGAAGCUGCGGACGGAGCCCCAGUGGGUGCCCGUCAGCUGGGUGUACUGACCCCUGUUCACCAGGGCCUCCCCCACUUUGGAUUGUGACCAGAACCCUGAAUCCAUCCCCUUCUCCCACCCUGGCCCUGGCAACGAUCCUUAGCCCUAUCCCUGGCUCCCUGGCUCUCCUGGGGAAUGGCACCUAGUGGGCAUUAAGGCUGGCUCUGGCCCAGAGGCAAGCACUGCCAGGGAGGUGGGUGUUCAUGGGGUCCUCUGGGCCCAGGUGCUGCCCACUCCCCAUGCCCAUUGCCCACCAGAUACUCCUUUCUGAGGGUCAAGCUGUGCCCAGGAGUGUGUCAGAGUCACCUCCAUAAUGCUCAGCCCAGAGAAGGGAAAAGCUGCUUUGGGACAUGUGGUCAGUGGGUUCGCUGCCCCUUGCCAGCCCCCUUUUCUCCUCUGGACCAGCACACCUGCCCCUUCCUGGGCCCCUCCCACCUCUGACCCCAGCAUCCCAGGAGUGGUCCUUGGUUUGUUUCCAGGUGGCCAGGGGAGCCCAUGGCCCACUGGGAGCCAGGCCGGCCCGGGUGGUUGUGCCAGCCUGAAGGCUGGAGGGGCCACAGCAUGAGCCGGUUGCUGCAUCCCUCACUCCUUCAAAUGGGGCAGGGGUCCCAGGAGUGGACGCUGCCCGUCCCUCAGUCACCCACAGCUUCUCACUGCCGAAGUCUCUCCACAGACUUCUCCACUGUGCCCCUGACUGGUCAGUGCUGCCCUCCACGGGGUGAGGCUGGCAGGGGCCAGCAGGCUCAGGCUGGGGAGGGGUGGGUCUGAGGGCUGAACCCAGCAGCGAGGAGCCUGCUGCUGCUGACCGAAGGGCUCCAGGCUCGCCAAGGCCACGGGGGAACUUGUCUGAGCCCCCUGUCUGUGAAUUGUCCGUUUUGGUCUCCUCUCCUCUCUGGCCAGGGCCAGGUUCCACCUUGCGUCAGGGUGCCUCGGGGCUGCGGUGGCCCCCUGGCCCUGAGGGGGCUGUGGAGGGGACCUUGUGAGCACUGGGUCCGGGAGCCUGGGCUUGCAGGAGGGUGCUUGCACUCUGCCGGGCUCCUUGUCGCCCAACUCCAUGGGGCGCCAUUCACACAGUAGCCCACGGUUGCACAGGCCGCGGCUGCCUGGUCCGUGUUUCUGGCACUGGUGUGUGUGUGUGUGUUGGGCUGGUUUGGGGGGAGGGGAAAUAAAGGGUUGUUUUUCUUUGGAAGUCACUCUUUGGGGCCCCUUGGUGGGGGUUCCCCAUCAGUCCCCAUUUCUUAUAGGACCCUUCUCCCUGAUUCCAGAGCCUCGGCCCUCCCCAGAUGUCUCCCUCAAACCCUCCUCUUCUAUUGUGCCCCCACCCUAAAUGUCAGCCCCCACUGCUUAGGGAGGGCAGUUUUGUAAAACAGGAGAAUCCCUUUUAAGAAAAGAACACUGUCCUAGACUUUCUCAGUCAUCUCAUCCCUCACCCUUCUCUGAGCUUCUUCCGAAGUGAGCUCUGUCCUCCCAGGGGACCCUCUCCCCAGCCCCUGUACCUCCAGUUCUAUGAGUGUCUCAUCUGUCUUCGCUGCAGUGUCAGCCAAAGCUGGCCGCUCAACCACUAUGUGCCCAUUUCCUAGGGAGGGGGAGGGAGAGGAAACAGAAUAUUUAUUACAAAUGUUAGAAAUAUAUUUAUUGUAUUAGGACUCAUUUGCAUAUGAUAUGCAAAUGAGAUGUCAAGAGCAAGCCUGCUCCCAUCUCAUUUGCAUAGCUCUGCAUACACUUUAUACAUCUUUAUACUCUUCUUUUCCCUUUAGUCUCCCUUUAGUCUUUUUAUCCUUGAUGCAGCUUUCCUUUGCAUUGCCCUUGUGCUCAGUCCGCGAAGGGACUGGGCGUGGGAGGAAAAUGGGGUGUUUCCUGCCUACCUGAGGCCAUGCUUUCCUUUGCCUGUUCCCACCUCACGCAGAGGACUUGGGAGUAGAGGCAGAAAAGGAUCUGCUCUCACAGCCACCCCCUCUCCUCUUCCCCAAAGACUGUCAUGAUGCGGGUGGGGUGGAGCUGGGCACAGGUCACCCUGGACAGUGUCCAGGCCAGGUGGGUGCCUUGUGGGGCAGCUGGCACCUGGCUCUUCACUGGAGAUCCCUGGUGUUGACACUGCUCUGGCACUGUCACUCCUCGUGGCACCCAAGGGGAGGGCUGGGCCCUUCCUUUCUGUCUCUUCUCAGUCCUUCCCCCUCUGAACAGCCUCCCAAUACCCUGCCUGCACCCCGACCAUUCCAGGCACCCAGCAGAUGGGCAGGAAGGCUGUCGGGGUCCUCGGCUCACCUGAGCCAGGGGCUGACAGGAACCCGGUGUGGGUCCGCCGCGUUGGCUCUGUGACUCCCUAUCCCCCCUCCCCCAUUGUGGACUCCAUCCUUGAGGGGCUUCAGGAUAAUGAGGACCCUGCCUCCCACUGCCCACACUCAGUCCCAGCCCCAUUGCCCCUCCCUUCUCCCUCCCCCAGCCAUUCAAUUCUUGAGCUUUCCCUCUGGUUUUAUUUCUUUUGCUUUGAUUAAAUGUCAAUGAAAAGGC